AUAUUUUACUUAAUUCUCUCUCAUGUAUUUUUAUUUUUCUUUAUAGUCCACUUUGUGGGAGCACAAACAAAGGUUCAGUUCUUUCAGUUUCUCUUUCUAUUCUACUUCUAGAAGAAGAAUACUAAAUUCUUUAAAGGGUGGCAUUCCUUCAAUUGAUUCUUGAAAAUUGACAACUUUUUGUUCUUGAAAUGGGAAUCUCCUCUAAAGGGUUAUUAAACUAAGUCUUUCUACUGAGAGAUAUGAUCUGCUAUUCUCUUUCGGUGUCUCCCUUCAUCAUUUUCUAAUCCUGAAACCUGCUUUGGCUUAUUUACUAUAUAAGAGCAUUCGACAACCCUUGAUAUCCCUCUGCAAGAUCAGAUAAAAUGGAUCGAGCAGACACAUCAGGAUUUGUGAGCGGAGGAGAUGUUGAGCUCGCAAGGAGUGAUACAACAUUAAGAUUGGAUUGCUUUGGUUAUGGAGGAAAUGAGUGUGUCAGAUUUGGAACCAAUAGCAGAAGCCAUGUUAUGCAACAGAAUGCUGUUGAUGACGGGUGUAAAUUGGUGCUUGGUUUGGGGCCAACACCUACAAAUUGUUCCGACGACUAUUACCCUAGUGGAUCUAUUAAAAAUAAAGGAUUUACAGCCUUGUUGAGUCAGGGGCUAUCAUCCGAGAGUGAUUCAAUCCUCAAACUUGGCCUCUCGGGGAGCACCGAUGAAACUUCCAAUGCAUUUGAUUUUUCUGCUAUCACUCAGAGUGCUGCUGGUGCACCUCAUCAUCUCGAUCAGCAAUCUUCGCAUGGUAAUCGACCUGCGAUCCCUCUCCUGGAUGAAGGUUCUACAUCAGCCAAGAAGUCAGGUGGGUACAUGCCUUCACUUCUUCUGGCUCCACGAAUUGAGAACAGCCAACUUUCCUUCCAAAAUAAGGAAUUUUUUGAGCAGGGUGCAAAAUCCCAUUCCCAUUUCCAUCUCCCUGAGCUGAGCUCUGAACCUUCUUGUAUCUCUGAUUACUCAAUGAGUACCAUGUCUGAACCAACGACGAUGGCUACAUCCUCACACAAGAUAGCCAAUCCCAAGAGAUGCAAGUUUCCAGGGUGUUCCAAAGGAGCUCGAGGGGCGACAGGUCUUUGCAUUGGACAUGGCGGCGGACAGAGAUGCCAGAAACCUGGAUGCAACAAAGGUGCUGAGAGUAGGACUGCAUACUGUAAGGCUCAUGGGGGAGGAAAGAGGUGCGAUUACCUUGGAUGCACAAAAAGUGCAGAAGGUAAGACCGACUACUGCAUAGCACAUGGUGGUGGAAGGCGUUGUGGCUUUUCUGGAGGUUGCACUAGAGCAGCACGUGGCAAGUCGGGACUUUGCAUCAAGCAUGGUGGGGGAAAGAGGUGCAAUGUGGAAGGGUGCACUCGUAGUGCUGAGGGGAAAGUUGGCUUGUGCAUUUCACAUGGUGGUGGACGUCGUUGCCAAUUCCCUAGUUGUGCAAAGGGUGCACAAGGGAGCACUUUGUUCUGCAAAGCACAUGGUGGUGGAAAGCGUUGCAUAUUUGCUGGAUGCACUAAAGGAGCUGAAGGGAGUACGCCUCUUUGCAAAGCACAUGGUGGUGGAAAAAGGUGUCUCUUUGAUGGUGGCGGUAUUUGCCCCAAAAGUGUACAUGGAGGCACAAAUUUUUGUGUUGCCCAUGGUGGUGGGAAGAGAUGUGCUGUUCCAGGAUGCACUAAGAGUGCUCGAGGGCGUACUGAUUGUUGUGUUAGGCAUGGAGGAGGGAAACGCUGCAAGUUUGAAAAUUGUGAAAAGAGUGCUCAAGGUAGCACCGACUUUUGCAAGGCUCAUGGUGGUGGUAAGCGUUGCAGCUGGGGAGAGGGGAAAUGCGAGAAGUUUGCUAGGGGAAGAGGCGGGCUAUGUGCUGCUCAUAGCAGCUUGUUACAUGGUAGGAAUACAAAUAAAGGAGGCAUGAUUGGACCUGGACUUUUCCAUGGACUGGUCCCUGCUGCCUCCCAUGUAAAGAGCACUUUUGAGAACAAUCGUUCUCAGUCCAUGGUCAGCAUGGUAUCAGAUUCGGUUCAUUCACUCGAUAAGCCAGCUGAAAGGCAGCAACUUAUACCACCACAAGUAUUGGUACCCUUGUCAAUGCAGGGCUCAUUAGCUUGUUCAGAGAAGCCGGACGACAGAAGCACCGACUUUGGGAUUGAAAGAAGCAACACAAACAACAACUUUGAGUGUGUUGUCCCAGAGGGCAGAGUUCAUGGUGGUGGCCUGAUGACUUUGCUUGGGGGAAACCUGAAAAAUGCAAUAAUGUGAAGAUGUUCACUCUGCUCUAGGCAGAUAAUACAUUUGUGAUUUGUACUCAUGAACUAGCAUUCAGUUUUUUCCUUGGAACUGUGUAUAAAUGUUUGUAUCAGUUUUGUCAGACUCCUCUGCAAGUGCUGUUAAAUACUUAGGAUAUUUUAUUGUAAGUUGUAAUUGUCAUUUGGCCAUAUUCUAUAUUUUUCCUUCAAAAUCUCUA